AUGAACACGAGAAUACGUCAUCAUCCCAGGCAUAUCUCCGAUGCAAGCGAAAAAACUGCAAGAAGAUUUGAUGCUGUGAGUUACCUCGAGAAGUACGGCUACCUACCUGGUUCGGAUGCCGAGACACAAGCCAUGCGGUCCAAGCAGGAGUACAUGAACGCCAUCAAGAAAUUGCAAAGGUUUGGUGGCAUUCCUGAGACAGGCGAAAUUGAUGAGGCCACUAGAAAGUUGAUGAAAAAAUCGAGGUGUGGCCUGGAGGAUGUGAUGAAACGCGAUCAAGAAGGCAGCAUCAGCAGUCCGCAGAGUUUCAUCAGCAACGGCGGAAAACUUGCCGACAUCCCAAAAAGAUAUCAGCUGGGAUCUUCUAAGUGGGAGAAGAGGUGGCUGACCUAUCGAAUCCUCGAUUUUUCACCCGACUUGGACGCGGAGAUACAGAGGCAGACGAUGAAGGAGGCGUUCGAGAUGUGGUCAGACGUGACGCCCUUGCAGUUCACAGAGGUGAGCACUGGUCAGGCCGAUAUCUUCAUCAAGUUUCCAAGCAGAGUCCAUGAUGAUGGCUUUCCGUUUGAUGGGCCCGGCAACACGCUGGCACAUGCAUUCUUCCCUGGCGACGAUAGGGGGGGCGAUGUUCACUUUGAUGACGACGAGCACUGGACCAUUGAUGGCGGCAACGGUACCGACCUGCUGGUAGUGGCGGUCCAUGAGAUUGGGCACUCACUGGGCAUCGGUCACUCGGGCAUGGAGGAGGCCAUCAUGUUUCCCUGGUACUCAGGCUAUGAUGGAAAUUUGAAGUUGAACGAUGAUGACGUCAUGGCCAUCCAGGAGUUGUACGGAGCCAAAUCAGACGGAUCGUCGUGGUCGAAAGCCACGAAGAGAGCGACCACCGUGAGGCCGAGGACGACGACCAGAGUGCACCACCACCAACACCACCAGUUCGGCGAGAAGGCUGACGAAACUUGCGAACAAACCUUCGACGCCAUCGCUAACUUGAGGAAUGAAAUUUUUUUCUUCGUCGGGAAGAAGCAUCACCGAAUAUUCAACUUCGGCGAAAUAUUCUACCCAUCGCUGGAUGUCGCCAGCUUCUUCGUCGACCUGCCCCCCACGUACGAGAAAGUUGAUGCCGUCGUUGAGACCAGGGAUGGCCUGAAACUAUUCGUAUUUAUCGGAAAGAGGUACUGGUUGAUGAACGGAAACAGGUUGGAGGGCAGGUGUCCGACGGAGGGCUACCCCCUCACGAACCUGGGAAUCUCGGAGGAGGUCACUCACAUGGACGCAGGAUUCGUCUGGAGCUACAACCAGCGGACCUACUUUGUAUCCGGAUACCAAUAUUGGAGGUUGAAUGAGACCACAAUGAUGGUCGACUACGGAUACCCACGUGACAUGAACUUGUGGGAGGGGGUUAAGAUUCCCGUGGAUGAUGCUUUCACCAACCCAGAACGAAAUAAAACUUACUUCGUGCACGGGCACGACGUCUGGGAGUUCAACGAUAUGAGGAUGAGGAUCAGACCGGAAAGCAAACGAAACCUGAAUCAGUUCGUCUUCGGCUGCCCGGAGAGUCUCCUGAAAGAAAAUGAGCCGACGGAGAGCGACGCCGUGCAGACGUACAGAGACAGGACUGGUGACGUUGACUAUCUCAGUAGCUCCUCAACUGCCAACCACAACGGCCUGAUUUCAACCAUUCAGUUCUAUUCAAUCGCGACCAUCUGCGUUGUUAAGUUUGUUCGUUUUUAACUUUUUUUUUAAUUUUUGUCAUUUCAAGAUCUAGAGUGUCGUUUCAUGUUUGCGGCGAUGAAUAAAUAGUUUUAUAUCUUUGAUACAUGACUAAUACCUAACUGUGUACUUACUCAGUUGUAACGUCAGCUUGCUUGCGUGUUGUGGGCGAUUUAUUUCUUGUUACUUCACUUUUCAGUUCAACUAAUUUUUUCAUUUCAUUUUUGACAUUUGCAGAUUUGAUUAUUAGGAAUUGAAUUUUCGAGUAUUAUAAUUAUUUAUUUAAUUAUUUAUUUAAAAGUGAAUUCAAUUAGAAAUGGUAAUCUUAAUAUUUGUUUGAUCGACCUAAAUUCCAUUUUUUUGUCUUCAUCGAGAAUUUUUAAAUGCAAACUCUUAAACUUCUAAAACCAAAGCAUAUAUGUAAAUUAAAUAUACACGAAUACCGGCACACACACACACACACACACACACACACGCACACAUGUUUCCCGUGCACUCAUUCGGUUGUGCCAUCAAUUUUAAUUCUUCAGAAUGUCAACGUAAUAUGUUGUGGCCAUUAAUAUUCAUAGAUAGCUAACAGAAUGUCAUUUAUUAGCAUUUCAUUACAAAGUGUCAUUCAUCAUCAAGAGCGUCACCAUCCCAUCACAUUAAGAUAAUAACUCAUGCCACCAUAGCUGAGUAUUUCCCACGUUUCAAACCUGUGAUUUCAGUUCAGUAUGUAGGUAUAGUGUUAUAUAUAUACAUAUAUAUAUGUUUUGUGUUUUUUAUUACAUAAUGUUUGUUGCAUAUUUGUUGCUGCUUUAUGAGAUAUUUAAUUAUUUAAAAGUUAGAUGAAGGAUGAUCAUUUUUUUUAUCUCUGCCUAUAUUAAUUGUAAGCCUUAUAUUUCUUAUAUUUAAUAAAUAGAUGUACAAGAACGUAUAUAUAUAUAUAUAUAUAUAUAUAUAUAUAUAUAUAUAUAUAUGUACACACUAUGUAUGUACACACUAAUAUACUAACAUACAUACUUAAUUAUCGUCAUCAAAUUAUAGCGAAGAACAUCAAACCAAACGUAAGUCUCUUUUUAGUCUUUUUAUACACACAAUUUCAGUUGUUUUAAAUUUUUACAUCAGCGUAACGUCACUUAUGUGCACAUGUAUAUAUAUGUGAUAUAUACAUUAUAUGUAUGGUACUUGAUAUAUACGUGUUCGAUAUAUGCAAUCGUUUGAUUUAUGAUAUAGACAUGCACCAUAUUUUUUUUAAACGUAAUAGACGAAAUUCAUUUAUAGCCGUUUAAAUGUGUUUCUUACUUAAGAUCUAUUAUAUAUGUAUAUAUAUUUUAUUUAUAUAUCUAAUACUUAUAUUCAUGUGUAUGCACAUGCAUGUAUACGUCCACACUACACCACCCAACCAUCUAUCUAUCUCUCGUGUUGUUAAUAAAUGCUUUUAGUGUACUUUUCAUUUCAGUUUGAUCUUCUCGGUCAUCAGAGUUUGAAUUUUAUAAACGGA